UGCAAAGGAGGGCAUCGCGGCGGCGCCUCGACGCGGAAGUCCUCCCUCCGCCACCUGCCCGGGAGCUCCCUCCGGAACUUCUUGACUUAGGGGGCUUCCUCGGGGCUGGACUCCCUGGGAGGAUACCUGGAGGGAGGGAGUGACGGGGAGGAGGAGGAGGAGGAGGCAGUCUUGUCGCCCCAAGGAGACACAGAGAGAGAGACUGGUGCCGCCAUGCAGUAAUUCAAUAGAAAUGGAGGUAUGCUGGGGAAGGUAGAAGACAGCAGAAAAAGAAGAAGGCAACAUUACAGACGGAUCUAUUCAAUCAAGGAAGACUGAGUUUGUAGAACCAAGAUCUCUUGUUCACAAUGCUGAAGUGAUGGUGAAUAGCAACAAGCAGCAAUAUCAGGAGUACAAGGCUGAAAUUUCACUGAUGCCUUUAUCUCACUUUGAGGACCAUGAAGCUCUGCUUCCGUUCCCAACCAAAUGGGAUUUUGUCCUAGUCUGUGACGAUCACCACCCCUACAGUGAGAAGUAUCACAAGAAGAAGAGGUUUCUUGAAGAACUGCACAGAAAAGGCUUCAUUAUUAAGAUGAUUCAAGACAAAAAGCUAUUUUAUGGAAUUAAUGCCCCAAGUGGACUUUUCCGAAAAUAUCAGUGGCUUUUGAAGAAUCCGGACAAUGCACCAGAAGUUCUAUGUGAACAGCAACAAGAGGAAGAGCUGGGAGUACACAUUUCACCUACAACAAGGAUACGUAUUGUCAGCUUUAUUCUGGAGAACACUGAAAUUGAUAGCACUAAAGAGAAACUUCAUGACUUGAUAAAGAAGAAAGUAUUUGAAACAGCAUUUCCUUUACAUGAGAGAGAACAUCUGGGAAAAUUCUUGAAAAUUAACUGGGCCCGAUGGAGAGAUAUCCUUUAUCCGCAACCAAUUGGGAAAAUCAGGACAUAUUUUGGGGAGAAAAUUGCCCUUUAUUUUGCCUGGUUGGGUUGGUAUACUCGCAUCCUAUUCUUUGCAGCCCUGCCAGGCAUUUUCCUUGUCAUAUAUGGGUUCUACACCUUCAGUAGCGGCCAAAUCAGCAAAGAGAUUUGUGCUGCCAACACCACUAUAAUGUGCCCGCUUUGUGACCAGAAGUGCCCAUUUUGGCCCCUGUCAGACACUUGCACGUAUGCCAAGGUUACCCACUUGUUUGACAACAGAGGGACAGUCCUCUUUGCAAUCUUCAUGGCAGUUUGGGCCACUGUGUUCUUAGAACUGUGGAAGAGACACAGAGCUAGAGUUGUCAGUGAUUGGAAACUCUACUGGUGGGAUGAAGAAGAGGAGGAGCUGGCCAUGGAGCUCAUUGACAGCCCAGAGCACGCCCUCCAGCAGUACCAGCAUUCCUACAUCCGUAGUACCAUUGUGCUCAUCUUGGUUAUGCUAAUGAUUGUCAUGCUGAUUGGAAUUGCUCAUGCACUGGUCGUCUAUCGAGUUGUAGUGACAGUCAUCUUCACUCAUUCCGGCUCAGAAUUCUUUCGUGAGAAAGCCAUUACCAUUGCCGUAAUGACAGGGGCUGUCUUGCACUACCUGACCAUCAUCACUAUGAGCAAGGUAAACAGGCGUGUAGCACUCUUUCUCUGUGAUAUUGAGAAGCCAAGGACAUUCAGUGAGCGUGAGAAGAGCUUCACCUUCAGAUACUUCACAUUCCAGUUCUUCACCCACUUUUCUUCUCUGAUCUAUGUUGCUUUCUUCCUAGGAAGAAUUAAUGGUCGUCCAGGAGAUUAUGUUCGUAUUCUUGGCAAGUGGAGACUGGAAGAAUGCCAUCCUAGUGGCUGCCUCAUAGAUCUUUUUAUCCAAAUGGCCAUAAUCAUGAUAUUAAAGCAAACCCUGAGCAACUUUGUGGAGUUCAUGCUUCCAUGGGUAAGCUAUAACUUCAACUUGCUGUGUGGAAAGACCCAAAGCAAUAGCAGGGUUCAUUCAGAGGAAAGAGCCCAGGAUCCCUGCAGAGAAGAAUGGCUGUGGAACUAUCAGCUUAAUGAAGUCAACCCCUUCAGUUUGUUUGAUGAGUAUUUGGAGAUGAUGAUUCAGUACAGCUUCACUACUAUUUUUGUGGCCGCCUUCCCUUUUGCUCCGUUGCUGGCCUUCAUCAACAACGUCAUUGAAAUUCGAGUAGAUGCCAUCAAGAUGGUGAGAUUACAGAGGCGGAUGGUGCCCAGAAAAGCCAAUGACAUUGGAGCCUGGUUGCAGGUACUAGAAGCAAUUGGCAUUUUGGCUGUCAUUGGCAAUGGCUUAGUAAUUGCCAUCACUUCAGAUUUCAUUCCCAUGGAGGUGUAUCAAUACAUGUACAGCCCCUGUGUACAGAAGAACCACAGCAACAUAGACUGUUUGACAGGUUACAUCAACUACAGCCUUUCUGUCUUUAAUGUCCACGACUUUGAGAACCCCAAGGAUCUGGCAGAGCUGAAGGACUCCAUGGGGAACAAUAUAACACACUGCAGGUACCGGGAUUACAGGAACAGUGAUGACUACAGCUAUUCAGUCCAUUUUUGGCAUGUUUUUGCUGCUCGUCUUGCCUUCCUUAUUCUUUUUGAGCAUGUGGCCCUGUGUAUCAAAUUGAUUGCUGCCUGGUUUGUUCCUGAUGUGCCCAGGGGGGUGAAGAAUACGCAUCUGAGAGAAAAACGUAAAAGGCUGUUGGAAAGACUCAGAGAAAUGGACGACUCCACAGAAAUCUAGCAAAAUGUGAAGGAGUGUCUUGGGAUCAAGAGAAGAAAUCUUCACACCAAGUGCCUAGCAGAAUCGUAUUUGUAGGUUUUCAAGAUGACAGUUGAAUUCUACAGGCCUAGCUUGAUCUAUUACUUCUACUUUUUGUGAACAUUAACUCAUCAGUGAGAUGAAACAAUGCGAAGAAAUGCAGUAUUUAUAGGACAAGUGAGACCAGGUGGCAGUCAGCAUAUGAGGCAAAAAGAAAUAAGAAUAUUCUGUUGAUAAAAGAUGAUGUUACAGGAAAACUAAAAGCACCUUAGUUUAUCCAAAAUUUCAUGCUUUUCUCCAAUAAAUGGGAAGGAUCUCAAGAACUGACAAAUGUCACCAGCCAAAAUGCAAUGGACAUUGAACAGCCACAAAAUACAUACAUUGCUUCCUCAAACUCACAAAAUGCAUCAUAAAUAUUAUCGUUUAUCAGUCAGCAGGAAAUAUGUUAAGAUGGAAUUCACAUGGGUAUAUCAGCACACAUUUUUAUUCCUUGAUUUGAAUAUAAAUUUGUUUGUGUAUAAUGUGGCUUGACCUACAGACACAUGGGCUCAAUACUCCUGAUAUUUUUUAACUUCUUGGCAGUGAUCUUAAACAAGACCUACAAUGCUCCUUAAACUGUUGAAAAGCAAACUCUUCAAAAUAACUUCUUCAACCUUCUACAUCACUCCCCUUGACUUUUUAAUGGUACACAAUCUGAUACAGGGACGUGUUUCAAUGGGGAUUCAUUCAUAAAAUCAGUCAAAUUAUCUACCCACCUCACUAUGAUGAUGGGAGACUUAAUGCCAAUCUAGAAAGCACUCUAAAGCCUUUUUGAUAUGGUAAGCAUGUCCUGCUUCUAUAAUUCAAAUGAGCCUUUAGGAAAGAUGCCUUUAAUCAGGUUACAAGAGGAGCACACUCAAAAGUAAUUAUUUGUGUAUCUAUAUAUAUUUGCCUCACCUUUUUCUGAUAUAAUAUGAAUCUGUAAAGACAUAUCCACACAUAAAUGUAAGCACUGUAGUAACUGUCUUUGGAUUCUUUAUUCAAGAUGCUCUUGAAAUUCAUUUUUAUGUUUUGCCAAUUCAUAAAUGGUAUAUACAAAUGCAAGGACAAUAUACUGCAUUCUUAACUCAGCCAAGAGAAUUCAGAUGAUCAUAAAAUGCUGUAUUUACGAAAAAAGAUGUAGCAGAGCAUAAAUGCAUUUUAAUGGUUGCACAUAAAAGGGAAUUUUAACAGGUGCACCACAGUAUAAUAUGUGACAGCACUCACACUAGUUUCAAUUCACUUUUCUGUACAAGGGCUGUGUAUUUCACCACACUUAAUUACUAUAUUUAUAAACUGUUAUGUGUGUUGAAUUCUUUUGUGCUCCCUAUCAGGAUACAAAGCAAAAUACGAAAAGCGUAAAAUAUUUAUAUUUUGAUAUGGUCCAAUUACUUUUGUCCAUUGACUUUAUUAUAUUAUACAAAUUGGCUAGGGCUGAAUGAAUCCUGUAAUUGAUCUUUAACAUUAUUACCCUUACAUUGAAAUUCUCUGACUUUUCAUUAUGUGCUGAUAUUACUGAUCUUAUGUGUAUUGCUUAAAGUUAUUUGGAACAAAAUCACAAACUGAAACGUCCAGGGUAUGCUGAAAGGCACUUUUGUAUUUUUACCCUGAGCAGAAUCUUGACUUUUUGGAAAGAGAUUUAGCUGUUGAUUUCAGUGACCACAAUUAUUUUCCCUGGCUCCUGAAAUCUACUUUGGAAUUGGCACUCUAGAUGUGAAAGAUCACCCAAAGACAACAUUACAUUUAGGUGAACUUAAAUGUGAAGUUAGGUAUCAAUUGUUCCAUUUUUCUUUUGGCAAAUUCUCCAUCUUACUGAAGUUAAACGUGGCCGGCAAGAGCAUUCUUUGAAAUCCAAUGCGUUCUGUGUAGAUGAAUCAGCAAAACUGCUUGGUGCCAUAAUAUUCAGGAAGGAUUUUACUCAGGGAAUCUCCUUUAAAGCUAUGUCUUAUAGUAACAAGAAGAUCAGAAGUUUUGACCCUGUGGAUUAUUUGAAUAGCAACUCUUGUCUAUGGAACCUGAGAACUUUUAUUGGGAACUUGCAGUUUUUCACAUUUUUCUAAUCUUGUGUUUCUCAUUGUUUUUAAAGUUGUACUUUUAAAGAAAACGCACCCUUAUUAAAAUUUUGUACAUGUUAAUUUUUAUUAAAUGGGAUUUUAUACAAUAAACUUUUUUAAAAAUAAAUUACAACCUU